AUGCCUCGACUUCCAACUCGUAAAUUGGGCAGAUAUGGCCCUGAAGUAGUCGCCCAAGGCUUCGGAACCAUGGGCUUAAGUGCUUUCUAUGGCAGCACCGAAUCCGAUGAAGAACGCUUCAAGGUUCUCGAUCGCGCUUACGAACUUGGACAGACCAACUGGGACACCGCAGACAUGUAUGCCGACUCCGAAGAUCUACUUGGAAAAUGGUUCAAACGCACAGGAAAGCGGGAUCAGAUAUUCUUAGCCUCCAAGUUUGCCUUCAAAACAAAUGAAGAUGGAACUCGUACUUGUGAUUCCAGUCCGGAAUACGUUAAGGCUUCGUGUGCGAAGAGUUUACAAAGACUCGGUGUUCAAACUAUCGAUCUAUACUACUGCCAUAGGGUAGAUAGAAAGACUCCCAUCGAAAAGACAGUAGAGGCUAUGGCUGAGUUUGAAGAGGUAAGCCGCACCCACCAAAAUACGUGUUGUAUCCGUGCUGAUAAUUGUGCCAAUAGAGAGGGAAAGAUCAGAUAUCUAGGGCUCUCUGAAGUCAGUCCAAAGACCAUUCGCCGUGCAGAGAAAGUACACCAUAUCGAUGCCGUGCAAGUUGAAUAUUCUCCAUUUUCUUUGGAUAGUGAACAGAACGAAGUCUUGAAGACUUGUCGCCAGCUUGGCAUUGCCAUCGUUGCCUAUUCACCUCUUGGCCGUGGUUUUCUUACAGGCCAAAUUAAAUCCAGAGCUGACUUUGAGCCUAACGAUUUCCGUCUCAGCGCCCCUCGUUUCUCCCAAGAGAACUUCCCAAAGAACCUCGUGCUCGUGAAGGAGCUGGCCAAGAUCGCAUCUGAGAAAGGUGUUACACCAGGACAACUCUCAUUAGCAUGGUUAGCUGCCCAAGGCGAUGACAUUAUUUCGAUUCCGGGUACAAAGAAAAUCAAGUAUUUGGAAGAAAAUAUGGAGGCUUUGCAUGUUCAACUUAGCAGACAAGAGGAGAGAGAGAUUAGGACAGCUAUUGAGAAGGUCCAGAUUGGUGGUGCGAGAUAUCCAGAAUCCAUGAAUGGCUUCUCGUUCGGUGAUACCCCUGAGUUGCGAUAG